AUGUCGGGAAACGUUGCACUUAUUCUCGGAGCUGGGCCCAGAGUCGGCGCCUCUGUCGCUCAGAAAUUCGCUAGCAACGGCUAUAAAGUUGCUAUCGCUUCCAGGAGCGGCACUGGCUCCAAAACCGCCGAAGGGUUUCUCUCACUCAAAGCGGACUUCACCAAGCCCGACUCAGUCCCGGCGCUGUUCGAUGCGGUCAAGACCGAGUUUAAGACAGCUCCUAGUGUUGUUGUCUACAACGCAGCAGCACUUACGAACCCUCCCGAGAAGGACUCCAUUUUUUCGAUCCCAUCGGACAGUAUCGUAUCGGAUCUCAACGUCAACACUGUUAGUCCCUACGUCGCAGCCCAGCAGGCUGUCAUUGGAUGGGCAACGUUGCCCAAGGAGGCUAAAAAGACAUUUAUAUACACCGGCAACAUUUUGAACGUCUCUGUCGUUCCAGUGCCCCUUAUGGUAGAUCUUGGUAUGGGCAAAUCAGCAUCGGCAUUUUGGGUCGGUGUUGCGGACAGUGUAUAUUCCUCUCAGGGGUUCCGAUUCUUCUAUGCUGAUGAGCGCCAAGGAGAUGGCAAGAGUAAGGGGCUUGCGCUCGAUGGUGCUGCGCAUGGUGAAUUCUUUGCGCAGUUGGCAAAUCAUGAGGGAAAUGUGCCAUGGCAUGCCACGUUUGUGAAGGACAAGGGUUAUGUCCAGUUUAAGUAA